AUGGAGAAAAUGACGGCGUUCCAAAGAUUUUCUAGAGCUUUCCGCGAGAAUUCAUCGCUUACAAAAAUGUUGAUCGUUUUCACCAUCAGUGGUGGGGGCCUCGUAGCAUAUUCUGAGUCUAAACUUGAUAAUGGUAUGAAUGCCAUUACUUCAACUGAGGUUGAUGGCAAGAAAAAGAGGGUAGUGGUACUUGGAACUGGUUGGGCUGGAACAAGUUUCUUGAAGAACCUGAAAAAUUCCUCAUACGACGUCCAGGUUAUAUCGCCGCGUAACUAUUUUGCAUUCACACCAUUGCUGCCAAGUGUCACCUGUGGUACCGUGGAACCUCGCAGCAUUGUGGAACCUAUUCGGAACAUUGUCAGGAAGAAAAGCGUAUAUGUUCGUUACUGGGAAGCAGAAUGCUUCAAGAUUGAUGCAGAUAAUAAGAAAGUUUAUUGUCGGUCUAACUUGACCACCAAUCUGGAUGGGGAAGAAGAAUUUGUCGUGGAAUAUGACUACCUUGUGAUUGCCAUUGGAGCCCGUGCAAAUACCUUUAACAUUCCUGGAGUGGCGGAAAAUUGCCAUUUCUUGAAGGAAAUAGAAGAUGCUCAGAGGAUUCGUAGGACGGUUAUUGACUGUUUUGAGAAGGCCAGCUUACCUAACCUUACUGAUGAAGAGAGAAAGAAAAUUCUUCAUUUUGUUGUUGUUGGUGGAGGUCCAGCAGGUGUGGAGUUUGCAGCAGAGCUUCACGAUUAUGUGAAUGAAGAUCUAGUCAGAUUAUACCCCAAGGCUAAAGAUUUAGUUAAGAUAACACUUCUUGAGGCAACAGAUCAUAUUUUGAAUACGUUUGACAAAAGAAUUACGGCUUUUGCAGAAGAAAAAUUCCAAAGAGAUGGUAUUGAUGUCAAAACAGGGGCAAUGGUUGUGAAAGUAUCAGGUAAAGAGAUUUCCACUAAAGAAGUUAAGAAUGGGGGUAAUGUAUCUUCUAUGCCAUAUGGCAUGGCUGUCUGGUCAACUGGUAUUGGAACUCGUCCUGUUAUAAUGGAUUUUAUGAAGCAAAUUGGUCAGGCUAAUAGACGUGCAUUAGCAACCGAUGAGUGGCUGCGGGUAGAAGGACGUGACAGCAUCUAUGCACUUGGAGAUUGCGCCACGAUCAAUCAGCGCAAAGUCAUGGAGGAUAUAUGUUCCAUAUUUCGUAAAGCAGAUAAAGAUAACUCUGGAACACUUACAGUUAAAGAAUUUCGAGAAGUCCUUGAUGACAUAUGUGAAAGAUAUCCCCAAGUCGGCCUCUAUUUAAAAAACAAACAGAUGAGUAGUUUGGUUGAUUUGUUGAAAGAAUCAAAAGGGGAUACUGUAAAGGAAUCUGUUGAAGUAAAUCUUGAAGAGUUCACAUUAGCUCUUUCCAAGGUAGAUUCUCAGAUGAAGAAUCUUCCAGCAACAGCUCAGGUUGCAGCACAGCAAGGUUCCUACCUUGCUGAUUGUUUCAACCGAAUGGAGGAGUGUGAAAAAAAUCCAGAAGGCUUUCUCCAUAACAAUGAACAGGCACUUUGGAUUGUUGCCCAGCCUCCAGAGUACAAGCAUUUUGGACAAUUUGCCCCCUUGGGAGGGGAGCAGACAGCUGCCCAACUUCCUGGAGAUUGGGUUUCGAUUGGCCACAGCACCCAGUGGCUUUGGUAUUCUGUAUAUGCAAGUAAGCUAGUCAGUUGGCGAACAAGAGCACUGGUGAUAUCAGACUGGGGAAGGCGUUUCAUCUUUGGGAGGGACUCCAGCGGCAUUUAA